UCAUAAAUAGCAGUGAUGUGUCAUAAGAACAGCUUUGUAUGUUGUGCUUUGCAGUGUUGCUCUGUUCAACUUUUAAGGUUAAUCUUUUCUUGAUAGGCUUCCUUAAAUAAUUUUGUAAUACCUUUUUACAAGGCAGGGAGGAAAGGGUUGCAAGAGUGGUGAGAUGGUGUCACGGCCUGCAGAGAGUUUCUGUUUCGGGACACACCAUCAGAGCUCAGUUUCCACCUGAGAGCUCAGUUUCCACCUGAGAGACGGUAGUUGACAGGAGAAGUGGGAGGUGAGGAAAGGAAACCAGUGUCCACACACUUGUUUGGGCAAUUGGAUGAAACACAUGAGUGUGGACGAGGACAUGGCCCUGGAAGGUUAGCAGGGUCAGGGGAGUUUCUUGAAGAGGGAAGAUCAGCGUUGCCUGGUGUUCAGUCAAAAGGGUGUGCAAGAGUGUGCCCAGUGGGAAGAAGAUAGGGAGAGAGUCAUUCUGCAAUGAUUAACUUAAGGAGGGCAUUCUGUCUUCCAAUCACACUCCAUUUGCUCAAUGGUUUGGUGAUAAGAUUCAGUGAAGAAAUUAGGUAGAGGACCCGGCUUGGGUUGCAGAGUCAGCCGUGUUGGGAUCCUGUGGACAUGGCGACGGGCCUCAAGUUUUCCCUGUGGGUUCUUCCGGGGCUGCUGCUUUGCCUGGGCAUCAGACCCGGGGCCGAGAGCGGGAAGGUGCUGGUGGUGCCCAUGGAAGGCAGCCAUUGGCUCAGCAUGCGGAAGGUCGUGCAGGAGCUCAGGGCCAGAGGCCACCAGGCUGUUGUCCUUGCUCCAGAAGUGAGCAUGCACAUGAAAGAAGCUGACUUUUUCACCCUGAGAACCUAUGCCACUCCAUACACCCAAGAAGAUUAUGAUCAGCUCAUGAUGGGCCAUACUCAGAUGGUUUUUGAAGAAAUGCAUUUUCUGAAGAUAUAUUUUAAAAGUAUAGCAAUGCUGAAAACAGGGUUUAUGCUCCUUCAAAAGUCUUGUGCAGAGCUGCUGCAUAACAAGGAGCUGAUCAGGUCCCUGAAUGCCAGCUCAUUUGAUGUGGUUCUAACAGACCCCAUUUACCCCUGUGGGUCCUUGCUGGCUGAGUACCUGUCUGUUCCUGCUGUGUAUUUUUUGCGUUUCAUUCCAUGUGCCUGGGAUUUUGAGGGCACACAAUGUCCAAACCCUUCCUCGUAUAUUCCUAGGAUGUUAACCAGGAAUUCAGACCACAUGACUUUCCUGCAGCGGGUCAAGAAUAUGCUCUACCCUUUGACCCUGAAAUAUGUUUGCGAUAUUUCUUUGUCUCCUUACACAAGACUUGCCUCUGAGAUCCUGCAGAGAGAGAUGUCCCUGGUGGAUAUUUUCAGCUACGCAUCCGUGUGGCUGUUCCGAGGAGACUUUGUGAUGGACUAUCCCAGGCCCAUCAUGCCCAACAUGGUCUUCAUUGGGGGCAUAAACUGUGCCCACAGGAAGCCUCUGUCUCAGGUGACCUUGACUUUCCUGGUUCUGCCAAUCAAGCACACAGCUCUCUGAUUUGGGAUGGAAACAAAAUACCAAGCGUUUCUUCCACCCAGAUGCUUGGCAUUUCUGAAGGUUCUCCUGCGGAUACCGGGAUGAAACCCAUGGCACCUACCACCCCUUAGAGCAAUGCCAUCACUGCUGUACACUUGCUUCUCUUUUUUAGCCACAAAUUCCUAGACAAUGGGAAAAAUUGACUGCGGGAGUAUCAAACAUGCUUAUGUUCUCAUUUUCCACUGCACUUCCUUUCCUCAUCUCUUCUGCCUGAACUGCUUGUUCCCUUUUCCCCACCUGAUUUCCCCUCCAGUUCUGCCCACUUCACCUGCCCUUGGUGUCCAGAAAUUUGAUUGAAGCAGUGUGAGCAAGUUAGGGUGCUCACUGCCUAGACACCCCUGAAGAUGGAGAAAGUGAUUAAGUGAGAGGAAGGGGCAGCAACAAACAAGAUACGAUUUAACAAAGGUCUAUGAAUAC